CCUAGGGCGAGUAGGCCUCAGGCCUCGGCUUGAUGGACUCGGAGCAGCCGGACAGCCUAGAGGGCUGGGUGGCUAUCAAAGCCGAUGCGUUCGCGGAGGCGGAGCGGAGCCGCCUGAGGUUCCUGGUCGCCUGGAAUGAGGUGGAGGGAAAGUUCGCCGUCACCUGCCACAACCGCGGCCUGCGGCGUGGGAGCGCGGUACCUGAGGCCGGGGCUCCAGCCGAGGCCCAGUCCAGCUGGGCCGCGCUCUACCGCCCGGAGGAGCUCCGCUGGAUCCACCGGCAGCUGGCGGCGAGCUGCUCGGCCCUGGAGCCCUGCUUCCCGGUGCUGCCCGAGCUCAGGCCUCCCGGCCUCUGGGGUCUCCUGUUCCCGGGCCGCCCCCUGGCCGAGGGCCCGGAGCCCGGAGCCGGACUCGACCCCGUCUGCCGGCAGCUCGAGAGAUACCUGAGCGCCGCCGUCGAGCUGUGCGGCCGCCGCAUCCUCCUGGAGUCGGUGUUUCCCGCGGCCGCCGACGGAGAGUAUUUCGAGAAUCUGACCGAGUUCCGGAGGAAAAGUCUGGAGCAGAGAGUGGUCUACGGCCGGGAGAGGCUGAGGGAGAUCCUGCACCAGCACAGAGCUGCUAAAGAUAUGGUAACCUUGAAAACCAUCUACCAAGAAGAAGAUGAGGCCUACCAAGAACUGGUCACUGCAGCCACACAGUUCUACCAGUACUUACUCCAACCUUUCCGGGACAUGAGAGAGUUUGCCUCUCUCUGUAAGCAAGAGGCCUUGAAAUCUUUGGAGUUUGACGAAUUGGGGCCAAGGAGAGUUCAAAGUUUGCAGAAAGACGUAGAGGAAUGGAACAGGAGGAUGCAGGAAGCGAUUUACUCAAUCCAGGACAUAACGGCGGAUUACUUUAAAGAGACUGUCAAAGCGCUGGCAGCCAUGCAGAAACAGAUGGAGGAAGAUCGAAAUCGUUUUGGCAAAGCUGCCUGGGCCAGUGUAGCACCCAGACUGGAGAAACUGAAGUUCAUGUUUGCAAAAGAAACCCUGCAACACACAAGGACAACAGAACUUUGCCUCAAUCGCAGGAAAGCAGAGAUUCAGCAAAAGAUGGAACACCUUGAUACCAAGGAAGCGGUGGAGAUGGUGGAUGAGUUAGAAAUCCAGUAUUAUGAAACACAACUGGAACUGUACAAUAUUCAGCUGGAAAUGUUGAAGCAUGAGGAGCUGCUCCUUUUCGCACAGUUGGACACCAUUCGCCGACAGAUCAGAGAAAAAGAGGAGGAGGUGAUUUAUUAUGACACCUAUGAAGACCCUGAGCAGCUUCAGACCACUGAUGAACUGGGGCAGAUACAUGACACUCGUUCAGUAGAAAUUAAAAAGUUGUGGCGCAAGGCUCACCAGCUGGAGACUAAGCGAGGUCGAAUUGGUGCACGCCGAUCCUAUUUGAGAAACAAGCGGGAUCAGUGUGAGGAAUCUCAAAAAGCAAAGCAGCAGCAGGAACGAGGAAACCAGGAACGCGUCCGGCAACACCACAGUAUCCAGAUGAAACGUGACCAGAAAAAGGAAGAAGACAAAAGGAGAAGGGAAUGGGUCAACCAGGAGCGGCAGAAGACUUUACAGAGACUCCGUGCAUUUAAGGAGAAAUCUUCAGCGCAUUUUGUAUUUCAACCUUGUUGCCAAGCUCUUGGGCUGCAGAAACAGUUCACAUCUUUAUCUCCAGCUCCCUCCGUAUCUGAACAGCCAAUGUCCCUCUUGGAUCAUUCUGCCAGAAAGAAGCAACCGCGAACCAGAACCUCAAAAGCAGCGAAGAACAGCCUUCCAGCUCCUGUUGAUAUCCCGGUGCAAAUCUUCCUUCCGGCAGGUGCAGUGCCACCAGGACAAACGGAGACACACGGGAUUUCUCUGGUGCCUCCUAUGAUACCCCCGCCACCCCCUCCCCCACUGCCCCCUCCCCCACCGCCGCUACCACCUACACCCAGUACUCUCCUGGGCCACAAGAGCACUUCAGUAAAUGAUAAUGAGGUCCAACCUCUCAUCUUCUCCGCAGAGAAUUCAGCAAAGAAAUCCCUGAAGGAAAAUAUAGGAACGAUGGAUGAUGUGCUUGCUUCCUUGAAGCGCGGUGAAAUCUUGCUUAAGAAAGUGGAUCGGACAAAGCAGCAAUAUCUGGACAAGUCAGGCGACCUGCGUGAAAGCAUGUUAGCAUCAAUUCGAAAAGGCAUCCAAUUGCGAAAAGUCACAGUGGGAGUUAACCUGCCUCUGAAUACUGAUCCAGUCAAUGACUUGGAGCGUAGCAUCAAAGCAGCAAUGAAGCGGAUGAAGAAAGUAUCCCCGGACUCUGAUGAAGAAGCUGAUGAUGGCACUCAGUCUGAAGAAUGGGAGAGCUGACUGGACACUCCUGCCCCGCACUUGCUGUGCAAUUUGAAUCACUUGAAAAACAAUUUGAAUAAUUUGUUUCUUUCCUGUCUGAUGUUGUUGACAGAAAAUCAUGGAACAAAGCAGGAUGAAGGGCUGAGUAGUUUAAACAUCAAACUAGCUUCUCUGCCAAGUGACCUAACCAGUGGCCAUGUGCAUUUCACCAAAGAACUUCACUAAAUUUUGAGUGUCAGACAUUAAUUUUGAAUAUUAGAUGAAAGAAUUUAUUUAUAACUUUGCAAUCUCUGAAUUCCCUGAUUCACUAGAGUGAAAAUAACCCAUGUACCCCAAUCUACUGGCAAUUCAGUUAUUGCACCAACAGAUUCAAUUGUGCAUCAGUUUAAUUUGAGUAUCUUUGGUCUCCUGUAACUUGCCUUUUAAUUGCUUAUGAGGAACCAGCAAAGACCAGAAGACUCUUGUCUUGACCUGUCCCCCACCCCUCAGUCUCUUGUCUCCUAAUUCUGUAUACACUGCCUCAUAGGACCAUGGAACUUAGGAGCAGGAGUAGGCCAUCAGCCCUUUGAGUCUGCUCUGCCCUUCCAUUAGAUCAUGGCUGAUCUGGUUGUGGUUGCAACUCCACUUUCUUGUUUGCCUCCCAUAACCCUUGACUCCUUUGCCUAUCAAAAAUCUUUCUAACUCAGCCUGGAAGAUAGCCAAUGAUCCUGAUCUUAUUGAAGGAAACAAAAUCCUGAGGGGCCUUGACAGGGUAGACACUGGGAGGCUGUUUCCCCUCAUGGGAGAGACUCAAACUAGGGGACACGGGUAACUCUCCCUUUUUAAGACCAAGCUGAGAAAUUUUCUAUUGAUACCUUCUUUCUCUACGACACUUUCUGCUAACUUUCUUCUUAUUCCCAGCUUCCUCCGUUUUAGUUUUGAGCCUUUAUCAUGGAACGUACUUAACAGUGCCCUUCAAUUCAGGUGCCUUUUUACAAAUCAAGCAACUUGAAUCAUAUGAUUCAAUCAUUUUAUGUUGCCAGUAAUAACUUGCAUUUAUACAAACUCUCUAAUGUGGCAUUCGGCAGGAGGAGGAAAAUGAAUUGCAAACCAAAUCAGAGGAGCAAGGAUGGGGAAACGAUGCAAGAACUUGCAUUCAUAGCGCACCUUUCACAACCUCAGGAUAGCCCAAAGCCCUCCAUAGCUAAUGCAGUGCAGUACUUUUAUUUUGGACUGUACUUAGUGUGAUGUAGGAAAUGUUGCAACCAAUUGCACAAAGCUAGCUCCCACAAAUAACCAUGAGAAUGACCAUUUCUAUGUGAUGGAGUCAUAGAGGUCUACAGCACAGAAAAAGGCCCUUUGGCCCAUCAAGUCUGCGCUGGUCAAACAAGUACCUAACUAUUCUAAUCCCAUUUUCCAGCACUAGGCCCAUAGCCUUGUAUGCCAUGGAAUUACAAGUGCACAUCCAAGUACUUCUUAAAUGUUAUGAGGGUUUCUGCCUCUACCACCCUUUCAGGCAGUGAAUUCCAGAUUCCCACCACCCUCUGGGUGAAAAAAUUCUUCCUCACAUCCCUUCUAAACCUCCUGCCCCUUACCUUAAAUCUAUGCCCCUGGUUAUUGAUCCCUCCACGAAGGGGAAUGGUUCCUUCCUGUCUACCCUAUCUAUGCCUCUCAUAAUUUUAUACACCUCAAUCAUGUCCCCCUUCAAUCUCCUCUCCUGCAAGGAAAUGUUGUUUGUGAGUUAAAUAUUGGCCCAAGGCACUGGGGGAACUCCCAUGUUGCUCUGAGUAGUGUCCAUGAAUGUUUUGUGCCCCCUGAGAGGGCAGAUGAUUUAACAUUUCAUCGGAAAGAAGGCAUUGCUAACAGUCCAGCACUCCCUCAGCUCUACAACCUGCCAGCUCAAGCAAGAAUGCUACAAACCACAACAGAAAUUAGAAUUACUUUGGUGGGUGUCCAUGAAGGGAUUUAAAAACAGCAGAUUGAGAAUUUUAAAUCUGGGUCAUUGGGAGACCAGAAACCAAUGUAGGUCGUCUAUGUGAAUGAUUCAGAGCAGUAUAGGUUAGAGAGGCAGUUUUGAAUAAGCUGAGUGCCAUGCCAACAAAACAAAUUAACAUGAUUGAAAAAGAAUAAACCCAUCUACUCACUGUUGCCUGACUAAUCAUGAGUAACACUGCCUGCGAUGCACUAGGAUUGUUUAAUAAGCACUGACUGGGGCUGUCUCAGUGAUAUAACUCCGUGGGAGUAAGAUAAUGAGAAAUUUGGGACAGUCUCCCAAACUCUAGGUAUUUAAUUGUGAUGUAUUAUCAGCAUCUGCACUUAGUCAGCAACCUAUCCUGAAUACGUCGUUAAAGCAGUGAUGCCCCUUCUCUGUGUUUUAGUGACUCUCUUCCAACACGAGGAGCACUCCAAAGAGACACUCUGAAAGCAGAGAUAAUCCUAAACAAUCACUAUGGCCUUUAUUAAACUCUGAAUUUUCAGUUUCAUCAAAGAUCCCUGAGAUCCCGCUAGCUAUAGCCCUGAAGCAGGUGGCUCGAGUUUGGCCCUAACCAGGGCUGCAGUUUGGGUUUCCCAAGCUUGAGAGGGGGCCACAAAUGGCUCAGGCUCCUGCUCACUACCCAGUGACCUGGGAUGAAAGCAGGAUUGGCCUUGACUGUGAUGCCCUCUGCAGUUGAAUGCCUGGCUUUUACUGUUUAGGCUUGAGUAUGGAACUUAAUCCCAGUAGAUGACAAGAGAACACUAAAGGAAUAUUCAAUUAACAUUUCAUUAGACUUUUUAAUGUAUCCUGAAUUAUUCCAUUUGGAAUAUGAGGCAUAGGGUGCACUAGUGAAUAAACCAUUGAAAUGUAUUAUUAAUUAAGACAUAGUUUACUGUUUCAAAAAGAGCUUCUGCAAAUAUAAUUAUAAAUUGUAUUUUUUUGCACAAAUCUACAAUAGAAAUGUAUGGCCGUCUAUUUUUAAUAAGAAUAUUCAGGUUAUCAGUCUAAAGCACUUUAAAAUGUAACUGCAGAACACUCUGAAUGUGCUCUGUUUCAGAGGACUGUUGAUAUCGAAAAAGCUUAAAAAUUCUAAAGUUUAUCAUAUGUUUAAUUCCUUUGUUUUUAAAGCUUCAUUUGCUUGUGGUAUAAUGUUUCCUGUUAGGAAACUGCAUGUAACUGGAGUUUCUGCUAUUGCUCUGUCUCUGUAGAAAUUGCUGAUAAUAAAAUUUAUUUUUAAAUCUU